CAGGCGCUUAACAGUGGGCGGGAGCACAAGACGUCAUAUCCAAUUGCCCUCCAACGUCUCCUGCCGAGAAUCACAACCAAUAAGCUUCCACCAACGACACGCUACGCUACUAGCCCCGCCCAUCGGUCAACGAGACCUUCCUACUACCAUUUCCCUAUAUGUCGUCUACUUUUUUUUUUUUAUCAAUUUUAGCCUGGAAACUUUAUUGAUAUGUACAGUUGAGCUGAGUGCGCCCGGUGACAGCUCAUGUGACUGCGCUUCAGACCCCAGCUGCCUCCGGCGGGCGCGACACUGGCCGUAAAGCGCGUUGGCAUCGCCAUAGCAACUGUCAGCUGGUGUUUUGGGAGAGUAGGGGAACCGGUGAGGUGCAGGCUCCAUUACUGAGGGCAGAGCAGGCGGCACAGGUGAAAAAAAUGACUGGGAACAGUCUUGUCCUUCCCAUUGUCCUGUGGGGACGAAAGGCUCCCACACACUGUAUCUCCACAGUGCUGGUAAUGGACGAUCUAGCAACCGUUAUAACAGGAUGCCACGACGGACAGAUCUGCCUGUGGGAUCUCUCAGCAGAGCUGCAAAUCAACCCUCGGGCCUUGCUUUUUGGCCACACUGCUUCCAUCACCUGUCUGUCCAAAGCCUGUGCAUCCAGUGACCGGCAGUAUAUAGUGAGCGCGUCGGAAAGCGGUGAGAUGUGUCUUUGGGAUGUGAACGAUGGAAGAUGUGUAGAGUUUACCAAAUUAGCUUGUACGCAUACCGGUAUACAGUUCUACCAGUUCUCUGUUGGAACGCAGCGAGAGGGGCGGUUACUGUGCCAUGGCCACUACCCAGAAGUCCUAGUUGUGGACGCCAGCAGCCUGGAUGUUCUCUACACUCUUGUAUCAAAGAUCUCUCCAGACUGGAUCAGCUCGAUGAGCAUCAUCCGCUCCCACAGAACACAGGAAGAUACAGUUGUAGCGGUUUCGGUCACUGGAAUCCUGAAGGUCUGGAUCAUCACAGCGGAGGUUCACCGCAUGCAGGACACUGAACCUGUGUUUGAAGAGGAAUCCAAACCUAUUUAUUGUCAAAACUGCCAAAGCAUCUCUUUCUGUACAUUCACACAAAGGUCCCUUUUGGUCGUAUGUGCUAAAUAUUGGAGGGUGUUUGAUGCUGGAGAUUAUUCUCUGCUGUGCUCUGUCCCAAGUGAGGAUGGUCAGACGUGGACAGGAGGAGACUUCAUAUCCGCAGAUAAAGUUAUAAUCUGGACUGAAGACGGGCAAAGCUUUAUUUAUAAACUUCCAGCCAACUGUAUCCCAGCCAGUGAUUCCUUUCGUACUGAUGUUGGGAAAGCCUUGGAGAAUUCUAUCCCCCCGCUGCUGUACAGCGUCCUUCCAGAAGAGGAGAAGAAGGGGAGGUUUGAUGUGGAAGCUGUUGUCCAGAUUCCAGAGUGUGAACACAUCUCAGACCAAGCGAAAGUCUUAGAACUGUACACCCCACGGACUUUACUUCACAUCCAGCCCUCUGAGCCAAUACUGCUAAUCUGCCCUCCGGUUACAAGGUUUUUCUAUGGACGCAGAAUAUCUUUCCAUAAACUUCUAAUCCAGGGAGACUCAUCGGGGAAAGUUAGUAUCUGGAGUGUGCCCGAUGAUCUCGAACAGCAAGAGAACACACAAGGUUUAAAAAUAACUACGAGUACCUCGCUGCAGGCGGCCUUUGACAAGCUGACCCCUCAUCCUGCCGGCAUUAUAGACCAACUCAGCGUGAUGCCGAACAGCACAGAACCGCUCAAAGUGACAGCCAGCGUCUACAUUCCAUCUCACGGACGUCUGGUCUGUGGUCGGGAAGACGGAAGUAUAAUCAUUGUCCCCGCCACGCAGACCGCCAUAGUCCAGCUAUUGCAGGGAGAACACAUGCUGAGGCGAGGCUGGCCACCGCACAGAACGCUGCGGGGUCACCGGAACAAGGUGACCUGCUUAUUGUAUCCUCACCAAGUGUCCGCCCGCUAUGACCAGCGCUACCUCGUAUCCGGAGGAGUGGACUUCUCUGUGAUUGUGUGGGACAUCUUCUCUGGAGAGAUGAAACAUAUCUUCUGCGUCCAUGGGGGCGAGAUCACACAACUUCUUGUCCCGCCAGACAGCUGCAGUACCCGGGUGCAGCACUGUAUCUGCUCGGUGGCCAGCGAUCACUCAGUCGGCCUCCUAAGCCUGAGAGAGAGGAAGUGCAUCAUGCUGGCCUCGCGUCACCUCUUCCCCAUUCAAGUCAUAAAGUGGCGACCGUCGGAUGACUACCUCGUGGUCGGCUGCUCGGAUGGCUCCGUCUACGUCUGGCAGAUGGAUACCGGUGCCCUGGAUCGUUGUGUGAUGGGCAUCACGGCUGUGGAGAUACUAAACGCGUGUGAUGAAGCCGUUCCUGCCGCUGUGGACGCUCUGAGUCAUUCAGCCGUGAACCUAAAGCAGGCGAUGACCAGGCGCAGUCUCGCUGCCUUGAAGACUGUUGCGCAUCACAAGCUGCAGACCCUCGCCACCAACCUCCUGGCAUCAGAAGCGUCCGACAAAGGGAAUUUGCCUAAGUAUUCACACAACUCCCUGAUGGUCCAAGCAAUAAAGACAAACAUAACCGACUCGGACAUACACCUGCUCUUCUUUGAUGUGGAAGCACUAAUUAUUCAGCUACUCACUGAAGAAGCCUCCAGGCCAAAUACUGCACUUAUCUCCCCAGAGAGUUUGCAGAAAGCAUCUGGCAGCUCUGACAAAGGAGGCUCUUUCCUGGCUGGUAAGCGAGCAGCCGUACUCUUCCAACAGGUCAAGGAAACCAUCAAAGAAAACAUUAAAGAACAUCUACUUGACGACGAUGACGAAGAUGGAGAAGCGAUGCGACAGAAGAGGGACGAGAGCGACCCAGAGUACCGUUCUAGCAAAUCGAAACCAUUGACCCUACUAGAGUACAACCUGACGAUGGACACUGCCAAGCUCUUUAUGUCUUGUCUCCACGCUUGGGGCUUGAAUGCAGGACUGGACGAAGUCUGCCUUGAACGCCUUGGGAUGCUUAAGCCACACUGUCCUGUCUCGUUUGGUCUACUCUCCAGAGGUGGCCACAUGUCACUGAUGCUUCCUGGGUUUAAUCAGUGCGUUUAUAAAGCAGCCGACAGACAUGUCGGUGUAACCAGGAAGAUGUCCAUUAAUGAAGGACUUGGGAAGGGCAGUUACGGGGUGUCACGUGCGGUCACCACACAGCAUCUCCUGUCCCUUAUAUCCUUGGCAAAUACUUUGAUGAGCAUGACCAAUGCUACGUUCAUUGGAGACCACAUGAAGAAGGCUCCCCAAAGGCCUCCUAGGUCCGGAUCUCCGGAACCGAUGAAGGGGAAGGUGUCGCCGCAGAGCUCCAGCAACAUCAUGCAAGGACAGAUGAAACAAGCUGUUGCGCCUGAUGCUUCUGCUCGCACUGACUCCGAUCUCUCUGGGUCUGACCGUACUUUACAUUCCUGUUUCUCAGUCAAUGAAGGAUGGAGCCAGCUGGCCGCCAUGCACUGUGUUAUGCUGCCUGAUCUGUUGGGACUGGACAAGUUCAGACCUCCGCUUCUAGAAAUGCUGGCACGGAGGUGGCAGGACCGGUGCCUGGAGGUCCGAGAAGCCGCACAAGCUCUGCUACUGGCCGAACUUCGACGAAUUGGACAGUCAGGACGCAAAGACGCCAUUGAUUUCUGGGCUCCAUAUUUACCUCAAUAUGUCGAUACGAUUAUGUCACCUGGUGUUACGGCAGAAUCCAUUCAGGCGGGCAAUGCGAGUCCGGACUCUGUGGGGUCGGAGGUCAAAGUUCAGGAGGAGGAGCAUGAGCUUGUGGACGAUGAUAUUGCAGCAGGUUGUCUCUCAAACCUCCCCCCUAUAAAAAAAGCAUCUUAUUCGUAUGAGGAGAGGCGGAAGCAGGCCACUGCCAUAGUCUUGCUGGGGGUGAUUGGAGCAGAGUUUGGAGCGGAGAUCGAGCCACCGAAACUGUUAACACGGCCACGCAGUUCCAGUCAGAUUCCGGAGGGGUUUGGACUGACCAGCGGGGGCUCAAACUACUCACUGGCCCGACAUACAUGCAAGGCUCUGACAUUCCUGCUACUGCAACCCCCCAGCCCAAAGCUCCCCCCUCACAGCACCAUCCGCAGGACGGCUAUUGAUCUGAUUGGACGAGGCUUUACCGUGUGGGAGCCAUAUAUGGACGUCUCUGCCGUGCUGAUGGGACUCCUAGAACUCUGCGCAGAUGCGGAAAAACAGCUGGCCAACAUCACAAUCGGGCUGCCCUUGAGUCCCGCAGCUGACUCCGCCCGCUCGGCACGACACGCUCUGUCACUCAUUGCCACGGCCAGACCACCCGCCUUCAUAACUACAAUCGCUAAGGAGGUCCACAGACAUACCGCUAUGGCUGCAAAUACGCAAUCGCAGCAGAAUAUUCACACUACCGCCCUGGCUCGGGCAAAAGGGGAGAUUCUGAGAGUUAUAGAAAUCCUUAUUGAGAAAAUGCCAUCUGACGUCGUCGAUCUCUUGGUGGAGGUAAUGGACAUUAUCAUGUACUGUCUAGAAGCAUCAUUGCUGAAGAAGAAGGGUCUACAAGAGUGCUUUCCCACCGUAUGCCGGUUCUACAUGGUCAGUUACUGUGAUCGUAGCCACAGAAUAGCAGUGGGAGCCCGUCUUGGCUCGGUGGCCCUGUAUGACAUCCGGACUGGAAAAUGUCAGAAUAUCCUUGGCCACAAAGGACCGAUAACGGCCGUCUCUUUUGCCCCCGAUGGACGCUACCUGGCUACCUACUCCAAUAAGGAUAGCCAUAUCUCAUUCUGGCAGAUGAACACGUCUUUGCUGGGGAGUUUCGGAAUGCUGAACUCUGCACCUCAGCUGCGAUGCAUUAAGACCUAUCAGGUGCCACCCGUUCAGCCGGCCUCCCCUGGUUCCCUCAAUGCCCUGAAGCUGGCAAGACUCAUCUGGACUUCCAACCGGAAUGUUAUCUUAAUGGCCCACGACGGCAAAGAGCACCGGUUCAUGGUGUAGGCUUAGAGCAGCCUGUGUUCGCUCUCUUCUCAUCCACAGCCUCCCAGUAUGUCAUUCGCAUGAUCACUACACAUAUCGUUGUUGUCAUAUCGAUCACAGGGGUAGACGUUGCUGUGUCGGUGCUGCAUGAUUCCCCAGUAAAUGCUGCUUGUAUUGACGGUAGAGCCACGACAUGGGAAUCCCGUCAUGUACAUAUUUAUGGUCUGAGCAGGAAACACAGUUCCACCCCAUUAACCAUAGUGAUAACGGAGGCUUGUAAGAAGAGCCACAACAUCUAUCCUAAGCCUAUCAUUAAAACACAGGUGUGUCUCAUUGUCACAUUCCAUACAAUGCUGAGUGCGUCAGUUAUGUACACUGAAGUGGUUUUGUAUCACCAGAUUGUUUACAUUUAGUAACCUUGUAUCAUUUUUCUCCUAUUUUUACUCGAUGAAGUUAUUCUGAUUGUUUAGCUGAGCCUUUCCACAUGUUGUAUGUUUAUCUACUUUCUGAUCCUUGCUGUAUGUCUUUAUUUGCUGUGCGAAACGCGUGGCUUUCUACCGAGUUUAAGAAUAUAUGGUUUCAUUUAAAGGAUACGAUUGAAAAUCGCAGUUGAAGAAACUAAUAACCAUUAUGUCUUACACUGUAUAUAUUGUGUUCUUAAAACCUAGUUCAAUAUGCAGAAGAUACUUAGUGAAUUUAAUUCCAGCUCAUGGUAAUGAUUGCUCUAAAGCAAGCUAGUCAACCUGUCGCUACCUACUGCCCUGGGAACCGGAGGGAAUUCUGGAACUUCUUUUGGGAACCUGUUGCCUGCUGCACCAAUACAUUGCAUCUCUGCUUUUUAUUUUUGUUGCAUUUACAUUUAAAUUGUGAAGGAUUUAGUUUGCUAACAUACAGUAUCUAUCCCACACAGAUGGGUGAGAGGUCUAGAAAUUCACAAAGGUCUUACCAGCAGGCCUAAUAUUUUACAAUACUCAUUUGAUGUUUUCUAUUGUUAGUGGGGGGUUGCCCCCUUUCCCCCCAUAGUCCUCAUCCAUCCUAAAGUUCCAAAUAUUCAUAUUGGCCAUAAUACUUUCUUAUCAGAUCCAGCCUCCUAAUGUUUGGGGGGAUAUUUAAACCUAGCAUAAGAAAUAUUUCAACAACAUUGCACCUUCAUAAACUGCAAUGGAAUGGAUGGAAAAUUUCCGGGACUGAACAUAAACACCUUUGGGUCAGGACACAAAAUAUAUGCACGAUACCGAAAGAAAGAAGUAAUUGGACUCAAUUAAUUUCAGUGCGGGGAAUUAACUCCCCAUGCUAUUCAAUUCAGCGUGCUGUCAUGUCAGGGAAGGCUGGUUCUCGCGAACUAAAGAGGGUGUUUUGUUGCGAGAACCAGCAUUCUCUGACUAAAGUGCCCAGCAAGAUGCUGUUUCCGCUGGGCUAAGGGCAUAAAUCAGCAUCCAGGGUGCCAGAAGAAAUCCUCUCGUUAGGCGUCACAUCACACUAAAUUGAAUAGCACCGGGACAUGGAGGUCCCAGCGGGAGAAUGCAGAGGUAAAGGCCCAUGCUUAGGGCUGUGGCCAGCUGCCACAGAGGCUUGGCUAACAUGGUAUAGGCCCCAUGAUAAAUAUAUAUAUAGUAAAUACUGCUAGUGCAUGCAUGAUAAUGUACCAGAUUAAUAACUGCAAUGCACUGUAGAUAAUAUGUAUAAUGUACAAUUCAAGUGAUCCAUGGAUGAGGAGGUGGGCAUCCAGGCAGUAGUGCCCACCAGUGGUUUCCCCUGUACCCCUUUGGGCCAGUCCAACCCUGUGUAGACAUCAGAUGCAGAGCCUUUCACCAAAACUGCAGUCAUACUUUAGGAACUUUACUGCUCUACUAGUUAGGGGGAUGUGGACUUUUGUUUCAAGUUUAUAGUCUGUUGUUCAGAGAUUACUAAAACCCCUCCCCCACCCCCUACCCCUGGGUUAUGAAUUUGGACCUAAAGGGUUCUAAACACUUGUAUUUAUAUGAUCAUAGAAACAUCAAACUCAAAUAACACAGGGCACCUGUUGGAAUAAAACUCAUCAAGGGCCAACAUCGAUCUAAGAUGAGCUACAUGCUAUGUAUACUCCGUCAGUAAGAAUGUUUUAUUACUUAACGUCUUAACAAACCUUUUUAUUUUGUCUCCACGAUAAGCUAAUUACUAUGCAGAUUAGUAGUGUUUGCCAAAAUACAUUUUAUAAAUUGCUAGUUCAUAUACUGUUCGGUACUAUACACAAUAGUCAGGUUCCGUUAGAACAGAUAAUACACUUGUAUUACAUAGUACAUAUCACCAGUCAUAUUAUUAUUAUUUGGCUGAUUCCUUCAGAUACAUUUUGGAGAUGUUUAAUACCAUGGUCACAGAUGCAGUUACACAAAGCUUAAAUUCCCAGGUGCAUAUCACUUUAAGGUGUCAUCAUGGUGAGACUUAGGCAACAUGUGGGUCUCUAGUUGCUGUAGAACACAAAGUUGGGAUAUAGAGGCUGAACUCUAUAUACAGGUCAACACAGGAUUUGUCUUAUGAAUGCCUCUCUCCCAUUGUAGUAUAUGAAGUCCUAUCAGCACCACUCUUGUUAUAAUUUUUUUAAAGAUAGUCUGUCGUCUCAUUAUGUAAUGUCCAGAUAUACAUUUUCAAUUAAAUGUUUAAAAUAACUUCAAUCAGAUAUAAAUACCUUCCUGAUCAUAGACUGUCUGUACAUCACCACGGUGAAUAACUGUGGUUGUUACUGGUACCAUUUGAAAGUUCUUGAACAUGCUCCAAAUAUUAUGACUAAUUACACUCUUAUAGAUUUUUUUUGUAAGUUGGGGCACAGAUCACUGCUGGUUCCAAUUCAGUAGCUGAUUAGGAACACUGAUGUUAAUGGACUAGUGGAACAUGCAGUUGGAUGAAGCUCACCUAACCCUCCUACCUAGACUACUCCUGAAGCACAAGUGACCCUCCUGCCUAGGACUACUCAUGAAGCAUCUUUUUGACCCUCCUGCCCUGGAAUCAUCAUGAAGCACACUUGUAUGCAUCCUACCCAGGAGUCGACAUGUAGCGCUAGUGACCCUCCUGCCCAGAAGUAAUCAUGUAAUAGGCGUGGGAGCCUUGUAACCAGGGGUAAUCUUGAAGUUCACAAGUGACCCUAUUGCACACUUCAUCAUGAAGUUUGUGUGGCCCUCUCUGCUCAGGAGUCAUCAUGAAGCACACACAUGACCCUCCUACCCAGAAGUUACAUUUUUGUUUUUUUACCCCCUUCUGUUUUAGACCAGAGUUGGGAAACAUUGAGGAAGAAGUACAUUAGGAGAAUCCAUGUUCAUUUGGAGAUAUCUUCUCACCAGUGAUCAGCCAAUCAUGGGUGCUGUUUUAGCUAUGUGAGGGUACGGGGAGACAUCUAUGAAAACUGCUGUAAUGCAUUAAAACCAGUCAUCCAUCCAUUUAUCCAAUAUACUGUAGAAGAUGGCAGCAAACUUCUUAAAUCAUCUUCGCCUUGUUGGGAUGUGAUGUACCCGUCCUAAGAGUUGAUGUCGUAAUGUGACCUUUCACAAGCAACACGAGGGGCCCCUGAAAAAUAUCAUGGUACUAGAUUCUGAUUACGAUAAUAGACAACAUCCUUGACAACGGAACCCCCCCCCCCCUUCCCCGGUCUUUGCCCAUUAAAGUCACCCAUUAUUUACUCUUGAGCGUCAUAUGUGUUAUAACCUCUGAAAAAUCACACUCAUGCUCCAGAUGUUCAUGUUAGUGGUAAGGAAGCCAGGAUUUCUAGAUGUAAUACAGUAAUUCUACUAGAGGUACAUCUAAAUCCAGCCACCAUGUGACAUUGCUGCAUUUAAAUACACAGUAAAAUAUAGGAAGCAUAUAUAAUGAAUCACACUUUUUUGUUAUAUAUUACAAAUUAAUGAACUUCUAGGUCUUCUUAUGUGUUGCUUACAUCUGUAAUGUUUUAUCCUAAAAUGUAAGCAAGCUCAGUGUAACGGUGUAUUCCAUUUGAGUCGUAACUCCAACAUCUUUGCCUGUGUUGAAAUAUAUUUUAAUUCAGUGUAGACCUGUCCUUUUUUUUUUAGGAUAAAACUGUUAAUUAGAAGAGUUUUUAAAUCUUAUUAUGCCCUAAUAUCCCAUUUCCCUGUUGUGCUUUUUGGGGGUUCCCGCACAUCCUACCACCCUCAUUCAUUGUAAUAAGUACGGUUCUAACACUCAAAUACUGUAAAAUAGUCUUGACCUCUGAUGACCUUUUUACCGAUUGAUACUCAGUUGAGUCUAUUCUACUUAUACAUCAUCAGAUCUGUAUAUAUUGGGUUGGGUAUGAUCUGUCGACAGUCUUAUCGACAUGAGAACAUCGACUUGACCAUAAUGUUGAUGCUGACAUUCAUCAUGUAAUCAGUGAUGAAAUGUCUACGUAACGUCCUGUUCCCGUAGCCUCUCACUAACCCUCCCACCCGCAGCCUAACCCUCUGUCUACAUUGCGGUGUCAGCAUUGUAACUGGUGGCCUUUUGACUACAUCCCGUAUUUAUUAACUAAGGGAACUGGCCACAUGUCUACGGCAACAGGAUGUAAGGUGCACAAUAGUAAUGUUUUUAUGUUAAUUUUAUUUGUUUGCUUUACUGUUCAUUUUUUGUUUUUGCUGCUUGAUCUUUACAAAGUGCUGAUUUUCCAGUGAAAAUAAUGAAGUUAAUCCCGGGCACAUUUAUCCACAAUGUAUAGAUAGGACUGCAUCAACUCUGGAUAUAGCAGAUUUUAUUCCUCUGGCCGCCUUCAUAUUUAUUUACGUAUUUCCUGUUUUCAAGCUCAAUCAAAAAAUUAUUUUCCAUUAAGGCGUAUAUCUACUGUAUAUAUUUUGCUUCGUUUCCUAGCUAUUACCGUGCUGCCGUUGCAUUUGUCCAACAGUAUGAUUUUAGCGUUUGCAUUCUAUAUUGUGUUUGACCAUGUAAAUGUAGAGACUUGUGUGGCUUUGACAUAGACAGAUUAUGUCACAGGCGUCAAGACGCAUUGACCAGUGAGAGAUUACAAUUGGUGUCCAUUGUUUAUUGUAAAUGAUUAAAUUGUCAUAUACGCAAAUAUGAUAUAGAUCUGUAAAAUGCUUGUGUACAUAUCUGUGUGUAAUAAAGCCGUAUACAGAAACCA